AUGUCUCCAGCACAAGUGGCAAAUCUCCUGCACCGUCUCCCGAGCAAGAAGCGGAAGAGUCCGGCAACUCUACAGGCUCGUCGGCCUUGGAGGACCAGAACUAAAUGCAAGCUGAUCCUGAAGACAGCAGCUGAAAGAGCGCACUUGCAAAAUGCCAGGCUCGAGCGAAAGGAGGCACUAAAUCAAGCGCUGUCUGAAGCUCGUGAGAUGAUUCUCGAGCAGGCACGGGUGAUGCGAAAGUGCUUCGGUUCUCACAAGAUCGACUACUACUUUCGUCUCAUCAUGCAACGGCCACACAAGUCUGUCUACAAGAGACAGGUCAAUCCGUGGAAUGCCUGGCAACGUGGUGAAGUGAAGCGCCACAAUGACACACUGCCACCUGGUGAGCCCCAGAGGAAGACCGACUACUGGGCCCCGAUAUUGAAGGAGGAGUGGGCAUUGUUGGCAAAGGAGGAGUGCGCUAUGGCUGCCGCACCAUACAUCGAGGAGCUGCAGGCAGAGUGCGAGAUGAAAAAAUGCUCGGUCCACGACAUGGAGCAGGCAGCAUUCAAUGAUGCCCACGGGUCGCUCGCAAGCAUCCAGCAUGAGCUCAUGGCAUUGAGUGAGCGCACGGGGAUGCAAAUGAUCCUCUUCACUGUGUGCUCUACUCCUGAGUCUUACGGAAGCCUGCACGUAUUCUACACCGAUGACCGCCUUUCAGAUUUCAUCGAGUUCACAACAAAGAACUGGGUGGCUGACUUUUCUGCUCGGAUGGAUGGAUAUGUGCUUUCUGGGGUAGACGGUGCUGUUACAAACUACAACCAGGAGACCACUAGGAUGAAGAGCCGGUUGGCAGCUCUUAUCAAGCAGAAACUGAAAGAAGGGUCUCCACGGCCCGUCGGACGGCUUACUUACAUCAAUUUUGAGACGAACAUCACCAUUCCAUACUGA